CGCCCCCUAUGGUGGGACUUGUCCACUACAGUGAGAAGUAAUCAAGCCGGAACGGGAGGCGGAUGCUCCGCAGCAAGAUGCCAAACGGGGAAGCGCGUUCGUUUUGUUUGUUGCUUUUUGCAGCUCUUUUGACUCCCGGGAGAACAGCGGAGGUGUCAUUAUGGAAUGUGGAGAUAAACUCGACCCAGCAUGCUGUGUUCCGGAAGACACUGUAUGCCAACACUACCAUCUUCAUGAAGUUCCAGGCUGAUGCCAGCUCAUGUGACCGAAAUGUGGCCUUCAACAUCAGUUGGUACCUGCGCUCAUCCGUGUGCUACAACGAGGUCUUCAACACGCCAGACAACAAGGCCAUCAAUAUGUUUGCCAUGGAGCACAUGCUGAAAGAAGGCUGGAGCGGCUUCUACAGUCAGGGCUACGUCUACUUUGACAACUGCUCGGCUCUCGUCUCACCAAAGGUGUAUUAUGCGGAUUUCAAUCCAUAUCAACCCCUGUCUAGUCCGAAGAGUGACUCAUCAAAUCAGAGCCUUUUUUGGACCGACAAACCGGACAUUGGCGCCGUGGCCAAGUCAUGGGAGGACAGCCCUUAUCUGUUCAUCGUGAAGGUGCAGCCACUCUUUCGUGGCCCGGAGGAGGAAGACUUUACUUUUACCAUGAAAGUGGAGAUGAAGGGACCACAUGACUACUCCUCCCCAGCAGACUGGCCCCAGAUGAUGUUCUUCAUGGUCAUGUGCAUCGUCUACGUCUUGUUUGGGACCCUCUGGCUUAUCUGGUGCGCCUGCUACUGGAGGGACCUGCUGCGGAUCCAGUUCUGGAUCAGUGGCGUCAUCAUUCUCGGCAUGCUGGAGAAAGCCGUCUUCUACUCGGAGUAUCAGAGCAUUCGCUACCGAGGAGACUACGUUCAAGGAGCUGUGAUAUUUGCUGAGCUGCUGUCGGCGCUGAAAAGAUCUCUCGCUCGCAUUCUGGUCCUCAUUGUCAGCCUUGGUUAUGGCAUUGUCAAGCCUAGGUUGGGUACCACAGUGCACCGGCUGGCGGCCGUCGGGCUUCUUUACCUGCUCUUCUCGUCAGUGGAGGGCGUGCUCAGAGUGACAGGCGGUUUCUAUGGGACGGUUGCCCUGGUGGCCAAUCUCAGCCUGUCCCUCAUUGACUCCUGCGUCAUGUGGUGGAUCUUCAUCAGUCUGUCGCAAACCACCCGUCUGCUGAAGCUGCGCAGGAACGUGGUGAAGCUCUCGUUAUACCAGCACUUCACCAACACGCUCAUCUUCUCUGUGGUUGCAUCCAUCAUAUUCAUCAUCUGGACUACCAAAGUCUUCAAGCUGGUGGACUGCCAAAAGAGCUGGAGGGACUUAUGGGUGGACGAUGCCUUCUGGCGGCUCCUCUUCUCCACCAUCCUGCUGGUCAUCAUGGUGCUGCUGCGGCCCUCCGCUAACAGCCAGAGGUUCUCCCAUUCGCCUCUGAUCGAUGAUGAUGAUGACGAAGAGGAGGACGCCAAGGAGCCCAUGUUGAAUGAAGCGUUUGAGGGAAUGAAGAUGAGAGGAUCCAAGCCAGAUGCUAACGGCUCCCAGAAGCUGUUGAGUAAAGAGGAUGAAGAUCUAAAAUGGGUCGAGGAGAACAUUCCCACAACUGUUGCUGAUGUAGCUCUGCCUGCAAUGCUGGAUGAGGAGGAGGAAAUCCUGAAAACAAAGAUGGAAAGAUCCAAAAUGGAGUAAAGAAAAGAAGAACUGCGACAUAGAAAUUGUCAAAAGUCACUGCUCCCCUUCCCCUCCUGCAACCACCGGCCCCCAGGUGGUCACAAUACCAUCUGGAAUGUGUCCAUGUGCACAUGACUUUGUUCUACAGCCGUGCCGCCCCAAAAAUGUCAGGUGAUGCUGCUUGGGGAGGGAAAAACGCAUGCUAAGAACUCCACUAGAGUCAAAUUAGAUUCAGUCCAAAUGAGCACAGUGGGGUUUUAGCGUGUUUAAUAGGGUUACACAUGUGUAAAAAACAAAACAAAAAGAAAACCUAAUGGAUAUUUGAUAUGGGGUGACUUUGUGCCAGAUUGAAGCAAUGUUACAGUAUAUUUCUAUAUAUAUAUGUGUAUGUGUAUAUAUAUAUACACACUGCUGAUCAAAAUCAUAAGACCAGUUGAAAAAUUUCUAGAAUUUGCAUUUUGUACAUUUGGAUCUUAAUGAGGUUUUAAGUAGAGCUACAAUAUGCAAA